AUACAACAGAGCCGCAUUGAAAUCUGAUAUAACUGGGCAGCUCGUACUGUACAAAUUGCAGUCUUGGUGUCCCUGGGCCUCGUGGUACGUUGGCGAAGCUCAAGUCGUCUUUGUACUCCGUACUUCCUUUCCAACACCCAUGACACAAGGCAGAUGUGAGGUCUCCCGGUUACUGGAUCGCGUCCCCCCGUUUCUCCCGUCUUCCUCAAUAAGGAGCUGGUUGAUUUCCCCAGCCUUGCAACCACAAAGGGAGCACCUGGAGGACUCGGCAAAGCUUUCAUAAUCUGAAACUCGUUGACGGUCUGGGAGCAUAUCAAGGGCCAAGCUGCUCCUUGGUGCGUUACGUGCAGCCAUCUCGAGAUCUAAAAACCGAACCCUCGGAACUGCGCCUUCUCGCUGAAGACGAGUCCCAGACACGUGCCACCAAAUCACCACCCUUUGUCUCGGUGUCUGUCCAACGCCGCUUGCAGCUGAGAUGGCUCCUCUGAAGCCUAGAAGUAGUAUUUUUAAGCAAAACUUUGCAGCCCACUUCAGCCAGCAGAGAGCUCAGGCAUAUUCCGACACAACAUCCUCAAGAGGUGCCUCAUCCCACAACAUCCGUUCUAUUGCGUGGAAUCCUCAAGGUAGCUUAAUCGCCACCGGUGCUGCGGACAAGACGCUACGAGUCUGGAACCCGGAGAAGCCAAAUGUUCGCUUCUCCACCGAGCUCAAGGGCCACGCAGCCCCGAUCGAGAAGGUCGCCUUCAACCCCGUCAAGGACGCCGAGCUCUGCUCCGUCAGCAACGACGGCGUCGUCAAGUUCUGGGAUGUCCGCACCAAAGCCUGCAUCAACGAGGUCAAAGGGCUCGGCGAGGCCUUCACAUUGGCCUGGCACCCUGACGGCAAGUCCCUUAUAGUUGGUACCAAGAGCGACAAGCUCCACAUCCUGUCCCCGACGCAGUCGGCGCCUCUGUCAUCUCACCAGCAGCCCGUCCAGACGAACCAGAUCUCAUUCUGCUGGGGCGGCAAGAAGGUGUUCGUGUCGACGGGCGAGGGCAAGGUGCGCGUCCUGUCGUACCCUGACCUCCAGCCCCUCAUGCACUACAACUACGACCGCUCCAAGGUCGACGGGCCCGGCGCCACCGACGAGUACAUGAUGAAGGGCCACACCUCGUCCUGCCUGUCGGUCGAGCUGAGCCCCAACGCGCGCUACCUCGCCUCCGGCGGCACGGACUCCAUGAUCUGCCUCUGGGACACGCAGGACUGGAUCUGCCAGCGAUCGUUCACCGAUAUGGUUGGCCCGGUCAAGAGCCUUAGCUUUACCUGGGACGGGUACUACGUGGUUGGCGGUAGCGAUGAGGGCACUGGCAUCGAAUGUUAUCACUGCGAGUCUGGCGAACGCGUCCACACCUUCAAGACGGCCAGCCCUUCUCCCGUCGUCUCGUGGGCCCCGACUAGGUAUCACCUUGCAUACAGCGACCUAGGCCAGCUCCGCAUAAUUGCAGCGGAUGUGCCAGAUAGGAAGUGACAGGAUAGUGGUGGUGGUGAUGAUGAUGAUGCAGCGAGGAGGGAUUAUGCUGCACGGCUGUCACAGAUCAGAACACACAGGUGUGUAGUUUCAGCCUGGAGAUACCCUUGUAAACAAGACGAGAUGUCACAAUAUAUGCCCAGUGGUUUUCUUCUAAAAUUAAUGUGAUU